CCAUGGCUGCUGAUAGCUGUCAUAAAUUUGUUUUUCUAAAUAAAAAUAAAUAAAUAGGUAAUUGAGUAGGUAUUAAGAUUUUUCAGCGUGAGUAAAAAUAAAUUAUGAACAUCGUUAUUUUCAGACUUUAGAUGUUGGUAUACUUAGAUGAAAAACACGGAAUAGGUAUUUGACUGACAUGAUUACUGUCGCUCGGUAUUGAGUUCAGAAAUCAUAUACAAGCAGGCAAAGACCGACUAUAAUUUGCGAUUCUCUAACUCGUAUCCAGAGCGAGUUUUUGCGAGAUUUCUAUAAAUAUUGGUAGUCAGACAAUAUGUCCCACAAACCAACACCAUAUAGUCCAAAUUUUCCUGCUAGUCAGGGUUAUGCCCCGCCAGCAGAAGGACAGAAACCAAAUGAGAGCUACCCCAUGAAUCCUCAAGUGGGAUACCCUGGACCACCACCUUCCCUGCCACCUGGCGCUCAGCCAUUACCUGGCAUGCAGCAUGGGUUUCAGCCAGGAUUCCAACCUGGCUUUCAACAAGGUUAUCAGCCUGGAUUUCAACAUGCAUAUGCUCCUGGCUACCCACAUCCACAGCAAGGAUAUCCAGCGCCUAUUGUUCAGCAACCUGGACCAGCACAAGCUCCAGGUGGUUGGAUGAGUAUUCCGCAAGGGCUAAGCAACUGUCCGCCGGGCUUGGAAUACCUUUCUAUGAUUGAUCAGCUGCUUAUCCAUCAAAAGGUGGAGCUAUUGGAACUUUUUGUUGGUUUCGAAACAAAUAAUAAGUACACAAUAAAGAACGCGAUUGGGCAGAAGGUGUAUUACGCUAUUGAAGACAAUGAUUGCUGCACCAGGAACUGCUGCGGCCCGAUGCGUCCUUUCGAUAUGAAGAUCAUGGAUAACUUCCGUAAUGAGGUGAUACACCUAAACCGUCCGCUCGCCUGCGACUCAUGCUGGUGCCCAUGCUGGUUGCAAAGCAUGGAGGUAUCCUCUCCCCCCGGCACCGUGGUGGGCACCAUAGAACAGGAGUGGUCUAUUUGUAAACCGUGCUAUGUGGUUAAGAAUACCAUGGGCGAAGUGGUGCUGAGAAUUAAGGGACCCGUUUGUACGUUCUCGAUUUGUGGCGAUGUCGAGUUUAAUAUAUACUCGAAAGAUGGUGAGACCAAAGUUGGAAAAAUCACCAAGCAAUGGUCCGGUUUGGCUCGGGAAGCAUUCACAGAUUCCGACUACUUUGGAAUCACUUUCCCCAUGGAUUUGGAUGUCAGGAUAAAAGCCGUUUUGUUGGGAGCAUGCUUUUUAAUUGACUUCAUGUUCUUCGAAAAGACAGGAAACCAUGAAUCCGACGGACCUGGCAUGCUUUAAAAUUUAAAUGUUCGACUUUAACUCAAUAUGUUAUGAUAUUCUAGAUCUAGAAGUAUAUUAUAAUUAUUUUGUAAUAAAUUUGCUUUUGAUGUAUUACGCAAUGAUAUAAUAAUCAAAUUGUAACCACAUAUUUUUAAGGAAAAUGGAGGUUUAUACAUAAUGAGUUCUGCUUGUAUAAGUUAAAGUACCAUAAGUGUAAGAGCAUUUAUAUUUUUAUUUGAUUUUAAUAUUUUUGCAAAGUGUCUUUGCUACAUUGAAUCCUAUUUUUACUAUGUUUUUUUUUUCUAUGAAUUUUAGAAAUAAUAUAAUAAGCACAAAACUUUAAUAGUUAUUGAUAUUAUUAAGAUUUUGUACGCAUUUUAAUAUAUUAUACUCCUGUAUCCCUUAUGUAAAUUUGUGAAAUUGCUUUAUAUAUAAUUAUUAUUGUAUUCUCUAUAUGAAUCUCACAUUUUGUUAAUAAUUGUAAACACACUAAACGAUCGAGUCACCUUCAGAAAAUAUUCUGUGAAUAAAAACAAUUAAAAUACAGAACUAAUAAUAUGAAACGGUGGUUAUUGUUAAACAAUAUUAACAAUAGCGUAAUCAACAACACAAAAUGAAAAUGAUCACAUUGCAUUGUUUUCUUAAUGUUAAUGUAUUUCAUUAAUAGAGACCGGUUUCGGCACUUGCUGAUAGUCUAAUUGACACUAUGACGUAAAUUUCAAACAAAUUAUUUGUAAUUACAUUAUAUUAGAAGCUAUAAGCUCAAAAAACCGAACAUAAUAUUAUCAGGAAGCCAUGAAACCGGCUCUAAGUAUUUUUAAUGUAGAAAUGUUUACUCAUUUAAACUAUCACUUGCCAUAAUAGUCCGUCAGGUUUAAUAUAAAUUUGGCCAAUAAUAUAUUCUGCUAAUAUUCUUUAUAUUUGCAAUAAUCACAAAACUUAUAAUGCAAUGUUUUCAAGAUUGAUGAGUUAUUUCAGUGACAUUCGAUUUAUAGAAUUGGAGUGUUGUAGGUACUCAUCAUUCCUUCAUACUACACAUUUUUUAUUUAUUAAAGUAACAAAACCAUUUCAUAUUUAAUUGAGCUUGAAAGUAGGUAUUGAAUGUAGCCAACUAUAAAAAAUUUCUAGUCUUUUACCUACUGUUUAUAUUUCAAUACAAUUACUGUUUAUAUUUCAAAACAAUUUCAUGUUUAUUGAUAUAUGAUUUUAUUUUAUUGGUGCUAAUGAAUAAUCUCUUAUGAUGUUAUACUUAUGUAAAAUAUAAGUCAGCAAAUAUAUUUAUGCAUUUUAUUUUAGUAUUUUGUAUGUUAUACUGUGUGAAAUACACAUUUUUCGUAAAUAAAUAAAAUAAUACAUA